AUGUCAAACCAAGGCUGGUACGGCGGCCAAGCGCCGCAAGAUCAGCACAUCCCGUCAAACAAUCCAUGGGCGAACGAGGUGUCGCAGCAGCCGCAGCAACAGCAAUACCAAUAUCAACACCAGCAGCAACCGCAACCGCAGCAGCAGAGUCAAGGAGGCUUCGAGCCGCCGCCAGGGCCGCCUCCGCGAAGAACAGACACUUUCAACGAGGAAAGAUUCAUUCCUGCGAACGAGCGCGGCGAGCAGCGCGAAGCAAUGGAAGCCUUCGAGAUGAACCGCUCGAAACCAGAGUCGCAGACCGACAAGGACGUUGCGCAGUUACAGCAUGAAUUUCCGAAGAUCGAUGGCUCUUUGAUCGCAGCAUUGUAUGGUGACUCGCAGUCGCUGUCUGCUACAAGGGAAAUGCUGGUGGAGCUGAAUGAGUCUCAACAAGGGCAAUGA